GACAGAAUGACAAUAACCAAGUGAAUUAAUUAGCUUCUAGGACUAUAAAUUUAGUAUGUUUGUUUUAAUUUAGUUAUUAUUCAAUCAAGUUAUACAUUGUUUUUCAACAAUUUCAAACUCUAUAGUACAAAAUUUGGCCUUAAUACGUAAUUUAGUAUACAAUUUAAGACAAACCUUAGUAUAUUCAACUCAGGUUAUAGUUACUUUGAUAGAAUAACAACUUUAAGAGUGAAACAUUGACAAUAUAUGUUCAACAAUGCGAUCUAAAGAAUCUUCAGUUAAUAAGUCGCACAUACAAACACCUAUGUCUGAAAGACAACAGCUGGCUCUACUUAUGCAAAUGACUUCUGGAAAUGAAACUAUAGCUAAAAGUCCUGGUGGCACCACUUAUUCAUUAACAAGGCAAAAAGACAGAAAUGAAAGAGGAGAAACACCAUUGCAUUUAGCAGCAAUUAGAGGAGAUAUCGAACAAGUAUCCAAAAUACUUGGGAAUAAAGUUGAUCCAAAUGUUACUGAUUUUGCAGGUUGGACUCCUCUACAUGAAGCUUGUAAUUAUGGUUGGUAUGAAAUAGCAAUUAAACUGGUACAAGCUGGAGCUAACGUUAAUGCAAAAGGCUUAGAUAAUGAUACUCCAUUACAUGAUGCUGUGAUUAAUGGACAUUUGAAUAUUAUGAAAUUAUUGAUAGAUAAUGGUGCCGAUAUUCACUUCAAAAAUACAAAAGGAAAAAGCCCAUUAGAUGUGGCAGUUCCAAAUAUUAAACCAUAUGUUCUGAAUUCCAGUUUACCUAUACCAGAAUCAAUGGUACCGUCAAGGCUACCACCCAGAGGAAGAGAUGAUAAAAAACUAACAGAUAAUAAUAAAACGAAGUCUAAUACAACUGAUGAAAAUAUAGACUCAUCUAAAGGAGAAGAUGCAUACGAGUUCAAGUCCUCAAAAGAUCAAGCUGAACAAAAAAGUUCAAUGGAAAAUGAUGCUUCAGGAGAAACUUCCUCUAGUGUUCCUCCAACUUCGGAGGAAACACCUAAAAGAGGAUAUUCGGAAAUGAAUGAUAAUGUUGAGGAUAAUACUGAAGAUGAAUCGAGAAAAAAGAAACGAAAAGAUGAAGGAACUAAGGACAAAAAUGCUUUACGAGGAACAUCCCAAAAUAAAGGCCAAACAGGCAAGCCUAAUUCUGAUAAGGCUAACAAAAGUUCUAAUUUGAAUGUUAAUAAAACAGUUGCUUCAGAUAAGAAAAGUCCAUGUCCUAGUCCAAAAGUAGCAAGUGAUGUUGAAGAUGACUCUAAAGUUGACUUGAAGGUCCCACCACUAAAAAUUGUUAUACCUCAAACGAACAGUAAUGAGCAGGAAACAGGUGUUAAUAGAAGUAGCAAAAACAGUUCCCAAAGAACACACCAGGCACUUCCCUAUGUUGUACCAAGUUCAAGCAGUAACGAUUCAAGUAAUGAAAAAGAAGUAAAUGCCAAUUCGAGCCAAGAAGAGAAUCCAACAAAAACUGAUGAGAAGAAAGAUGGUGCAGCAUCUACAUCUACAGAUGACCAGCGUGGAGGCGCUAACCAUCAAAGGGUGCUGCGAAGUUCCCACAAGAGUGGCGGUCAAACUCAAAUUCCAGAUAGAAGUAGCAAUAACUCUUCCCCGCAACUGCACAGAUCUCACUCGCCUUCUCCCUCUGCUUCCCCCACAGCCCCGAAUGCAUCUACUGACGCGCCAGUUGCGACCAGUUGUGCAUUGGCCAAUACCGUUUCAAAAACUUCAGAUUCUCAGUCGAAUACUGAGAACGAGAAUUCGUCUUCUGCAUCUUCGGUUUCUACAAAUGCACAGACAGCAACUCCGGCUCCAGUCGAGUUGCAUCCUAGAAAGAGAAAAAUGAAACCAAGCAAGGAACCCGCUGCGCCACCUCCAGAUGCUGCGGAUGUUUCCGCAGAGUCCCAAAUCCAUCCUCAUGAACAGCCAAUCACAAAUUGCUACCAAUUGUUUUUAGACAUAAGAAAGCAGAUUGAAAAGAGGAGAAAGGGUUUAUUUCCUGUACAACCUAAACCGCCACAAGGAUUUAAGGACUAUCUGCUGAAUAGAUGUACCUAUGUUCUUGCAAACACAACGUCAACUUCGCCUAAUGUUUCGUAUCCUCCAAAUUUACCUGCUCAAAUGAAGGAUAUCUUCACAGAACAGGAAAAGGAGAGAUAUCGGCUCAGGAUGCAGCAUGUUAUUGAGAAAGAAAAAUUAGUUCUCUCAGUCGAACAAGAAAUUUUAAGAGUUCAUGGUAGAGCGGCUAGAGCUUUAGCAAAUCAAUCCCUUCCAUUUUCAGUCUGCUCAAUACUUCGGGAUGAAGAAGUUUACAAUUUAAUCACACCUGAACAAGAAGAAAAGGAUAGAAAUGCUAGGUCUAGAUACAAUGGUCGUCUAUUUUUGAGUUGGCUUCAAGAUGUUGACGAUAAAUGGGAAAAAAUCAAGGAACACAUGCUUCUGAGACAUCAUAAUGAAGCUGAAUCUCUCCAUGCUGUUCAAAAAAUGGACUGGGAGUGGAAGAUGAUUGAAAUGAACCUUUGUGACAAAAAAUCAACACCAACUGUUGAAGAACAUCAUGUUCCAAUGGUUCAUGUCAGCGAUGAUUUUGAUUUGCUUCCUGCUUAAUUGUUCAAGAUUUAUUGAAUUUGAUGUCUGUGAUAAAUUGUACAAAAUUAUUUUUAAUAUUUUAACUGAAUAUUGAAUAUUUCACUUUAUAAUUUGAUGUGAUAACUGGUUUUCUUGUUUUAAUUCAGAGGAUUAAUAACAUAUCUUAAUUUGAAGAUAAUAAAGCUUUAAUGAUUUUAA